GACUUAUACAGCGGUUUAAAAAGCGUUUGAAUUUGUUUUGGAACUUUGAAAAGCGUCUUUGUGAUGUUAUAAUUUUAAAGUUAUUUGAUAGUGAUUUAUAAGUGAUUAAAGAUUAUAAACGAUAUUUUUUACGAUAAAAUUUAUUGAGACAAUGGCGCCUAGAGAACCAGCAAAGCCUAUGACUAAACUACAACGUGAGCGUACUUUGAUCAAAACAUUUGUGCAACGGACGAAGUCUCCGGUGGCUUCUAAUGCUACUAUCAAAAAGACCAUUCGUUCCAAAAAUACCAUUGAUAAGGUUGUUAAAGCUCAUGAAGAAACUGUCCCAGCAACACCGUCAAAGUCAAGGACUCAACUUCAAUUAGCUGCAGAUAAAAGAGUAGCCCCAUCACCAAGCAUCACCAAGAGUGCCAAGAAGUCGACGUGGAAACGUAGACCCAAGCCUGCACACUCUGGUGUCCCUGUUCCAGAAAAGUUAAAGAAAUUAUUAAUUGAGAAAAAGGAGAUAGAUAGUAGUCACUAAAGUUUAUUAAUAGGGCAAAUGUGCAAAGAACCUGGAUCUCUAAGGGAUUGAAUAGUUUAUUUUGUAGCCUGGCUUGCCUACUCGGCCAUCUUUUUAAAUAGCUGCAUCCAUUUUCACUAUAUUUAUCAAUAGCUGGCAUCCAGCUAACCAAUACACAGUGAAAUUUUCUUUUUUCUUAUUUAUAUGAAGCUGCUAUUUUCAAAAUAAUUACUAAAAUAGUGUUUAAGUAGGUAAGAUGUUUAAGAUAUCACAGGCAGUACCACAACUUUUCAAUAUAUCUUAAUUCAAUUUCCUUGAAUGUACUAAAUGUCAUAGUGCCAUACAAAAUCUAAGACAAAUUAUCUAUGACUUCAUAAUAUCUGUUAGCUGUUUAGCAUUUGAAUUAAAUUCAAUAUGUAGGUUCUUAAGGUAACUUAAGAUAAGAAAUACCAUGUUGAUUAUCUUAUUUGGAUGGAGAGCAAAAUAACAAAGUUUGGUUGCCAAAUUGUUGGUGAGAUCUUAUUAACUUUCCUAUACACUUUUUACUGACAACUUAUCAAGUAUAUUAUUGAUCAAAGAUUCUGACAAUACUCUGCAACAAUUGCUAAGUAUUUUGUACUAUGUAUUAUAUUAUUUUGUUCAUUUUCAUCAUAUAAACCCAUUAUCUGCACUACAGUGCACAGGUCUCCGUAUUCUCAGAAUGAGGAGGGUUUAGGUGUAGUCCACCAAGUGUGGAUUGGUAGAUUUAACACACAUGUUAUGGAAAACUCUUGGCAUGCAGGUUC